AUGACCCUCACCAAGAAUUCUCUCCGCUCCUCAACUUCACUCCCCGCUCUCCUUCGAUCUCAAUCCCCAAACCCUCUCCUCCUCCUCCCCCCGCGUCGCAAUCGUCUCAAAUCCCGUCGCCACCGGUCUCUCCGCUCUGAUUCCUCCGAGACUGAUUCGCUCCAGAACCUGUUCUUACUCUCUCGGGGGCAAAAAAAAACCCAAUCUUGUUUUCACAGUCCUGUCUUUGUCCCGUCGUAGCUUCCAUCUCCAUUGCUGCUGCGCUCGAGGUUGCCCCGUAGAGAGCUGUCCCGCCCGUGCGGGGUGGGCGCAGUAAAUGCGCGUCCUUGUGGAGAAUCCCAAGGUUUCCCGCGCCGAAUCUCGUCCUUGUUCCCCCGAGUUAAGAGGUGGAGGUGGUAAUUCUUCGUACGCGCGCCAAUCUUUGCCGCGUUCGUGGAUGACGAGGGGAUCCUCCUGACUCUUCUUCUCGAGCUUGCCUCCCACCCUCCUGGCUUUCUCACCACACCUGGAUUCCUGGCGGAGCCGUGGUGCCCAUGGAUUUCCUAUUAUGCGUCUGCCUCCUCCAACUGCUGUUCUUGCGCUCUUCUCCGGUGGCGGCGCAGCAGCCGACGCCGUCGCCGGCUAGGGCCCUGGACGCAAUGCUGCAGGAGUACGCGUACCGGGCCCUCGUCCGGCCGCGCACCGGCAUCGUCUACAAUGCCACCGUCCCCGGCAACCUCACCGGCGUCUCGGUGUCCGCGCUCCGCCUGCGCAGCGGCAGCCUCCGGAGGAAAGGUUUGUCCCAGUACUUUCAGUUCGGCCUGCCCACCGGCGUCAUUGCGCAGCCGCGCGUGGAGAGGAUGCUGCUCGUGUACCACAACCUGGGCAAUUGGUCGCAGCACUACUACCCGCCUCCCCCCGGCUACACCUACCUCUCGCCGGUGCUUGGACUGCUAGCCUAUGAUGCUGCCAACCUUUCGGCAGUGGGGUUGCCGGAGCUGAACAUCGUCGCGUCAGGAAGCCCGAUUCUUGUACAUUUCAGCAAUGUCAGGGCGGCGCCGGCAGGCCGCCCAGCACCACGGUCACGGUGUGUGUGGUUCGACUUGGAUGGUGUGCCGCAGUUCCGGGACCAAGAGGCAAGCAACGUGUGUGCUACGUAUCGCCAAGGGCACUUCUCGAUAGUGGUGAACUCCAGUGAGGUUGCUCCUGCUCCAUUGCCACCAGGCGCAAUUGCCCCGCCGAUACCGGCUGCCGGAGGUCCUACCAAGGGGGGCUCGCAAGCUUGGAAGGUUGCCGUUGGCGUGGUUGGGGGCGCCAUAGCAUUGGGGCUGUUAUCUUCAGCUCUUCUGUGUCUGGUGAGGCAUAAAAGGGCCAAGAAGUUGGAGGUGAUGGAGCGGAAUUCAGAGGUUGGGGAGACAUUGCGCAUGGCGCAGGUUGGGCGGGCGCAAGCACCUGUAGCGCUGUGGACACGAACAAAACCGGUGAUCGAGAGCGAGUAUGCUGCAUAGUUUGUUUUGGAUUUUCUGCAGAGUUUAACCAUCACUAACAAUGCCCGGAGGCAUGGAAUUUGUCCAUCAGUCAGGGGUUGCUAAUUACUGAAGUCAGGGCUCAGCUUCAAAGCACUCUUUUGGUGGGUUUAUUUCGAAGGUUAAUUUUUAUGCGAUGGCUAUAAUUGAUGUUCAUAGUUGCCAUGUUCAUGCCAAGGAGCUCUGUUCAUCUCCAAAGCAGUGGAGAAGUGAAUGUAUCAAGUCAGAUUUGGAAUUCCUCAAAAAAAAUAAAAUUGGGACGCUGUAUUUCAGAGGAAGUAGAUUAGCGGUAAAGCUGGGUAACACUCACUGCAAACGACAUGGUUUUUGUUGAAAUUAAUUCUAGUUUUGGAUCAGUUCCAUUUUAGCACUGUUUGGUUUUCCUGUCCAGACACCUGUUGAGAUGAUUACAUGAUGAUGUACAUGCCAUUUUGGUAAUUA